AUGGAGGUGGCGGAGGCGGCGGCUCGGGCCGAGCAGAGGGACGUCCCGCGGCGCCUGUGCCUGCGCUGGGGCAUCCUGGGGGCGGUCGUGGGCCUCUCUGCGGCCGUCGCCCUCUCGCUCUACGUGUGGGCGGGGGUCUCGGAGGAAUCCUCGAUCACGCCCCCGCCCGCCGCCCACGCGGCGCAGCUGUGGCAGACGUCGCCCGGGGCCCAGCCCGAGCACAUCGCCCAGCGCCCGGACGUGGAGUUCGGGGCCGACUUCGACUUCGACGGCCCCACCGUCAAAGUCUCCGACGUGACGGACCAGGUAUUGAAGGGCUUCGGCGGAGCGUUCACGGAGGCGAGCGCGGUCGUUUUCCAGAAACUCAACGCAGAUCAGCAGCAGUCGGUGCUGAACGACUACUUCGGGCCAGAGGGGCUCGGGUACACCCUUGGACGGGUGCACAUCAACAGCUGCGACUUCUCGACAGAGAACUACGCGUUCCAUGAGAAGGACGGCGAGUUCGACCUCGCGUCGUUCGACAUGAGCGUCGGGCGCGACGCGAAGGCCCUUAUACCAUUCAUCAAGGCCGCCCAGGAUGUGAUCACGCCGCAGGGCCGUUCCCUGAGACUGCUCGCCACGCCUUGGAGCCCGCCUGCUUGGAUGAAAGAGAACAAGAUGAUGGAUCACUCCAGCAGUCCUUGUUUGCGCAAAGAAGCGGAAGUCCACGCUGCCUGGGCGAAGUAUUUCGUGAAGUGGAUCACCGCCUACAAGGACCAGGGAGUGCCGAUCUGGGCUGUCACGAUCCAGAACGAGCCAGAGAACAAUGAGGCCGACUUCCUGGGGGCGUACCUGGGCCCCGCCAUGAGCUCUGAGCACCCGAACGUCUCGAUCUUCGUGUACGACCACAACAAGGACCACGUCGCCCAGUGGGCGAAUGUCAUCAGCGAGGACAAGGAUGCCGCCAAGUACGCCACUGGCGUCGCUUACCAUUGGUAUUCCGGAGACUCGUUCGACGCCGUCGCUUCGAUCCACGCCGCCCUGCCCCAGCUCCAGCUGCUGGCGAGCGAGGCGACCUAUGAACGCUACCGCUGGAAAGCGGGCGCCACGCUCGAAACCGGGGAGUGGAGCAUGGGCGAGGGAUAUGCGCACGACAUCAUAGGCGACCUCAACGCUGGGAGCGUCGGCUGGAUCGACUGGAACCUGCUGCUGGAUGAGAACGGCGGCCCCAACCACGUCGACAACGUGUGCGACGCGGCGAUGAUGGCCAACCUGUCGAAAGGGGACGUCUACCGCCACCCGCAGUAUUACUACAUCGGCCAUUUUUCUAAGUUUAUGCAUCUGGGGCCCAGACAACUAGACAAGGACGGCCUGUCUCGGACGUCUGCGGACGGUUCCCUCGUCCGCGCUGCACCCCCCGUCGGCGUCGACAAGGAGGGGGCCUGGUGCCGGCGGCGAAGCCUUCCGCGGACGUCCGAAGUCCAGAUCGUCCACAGGGGCGCGAAGAUGCUCGCGCUUCCCGCGCCGCGGCCAGGGCGGGAGAUCCGGCCUCCCCCAGGGCGGCGGCUUGCGGUGGCGCGAGGAGAUGACCACGCGUGGCGCAAGCGCGGGGGUGCCGCGCGCGCGUAG